AUGCACAGCGCGCUCUUCCAGCUGGUGCAGCGGAGACAAGCGCCCGAGCAUGGGCCUGUGAGGGGGGCCAUGGACGAGCGCAGCCCCUACAAGAGGAGCUGCCCGCAGGCCGGCGGCGGAGGGGGCAGCAGCGGCGGAGGGGCGGCCGUCGGGGGCGGCCGGGCCCACCUGCGCGGGGCCGCCGCCGCCGCGGGCGCCGCCGAGCCCCAGCCGGACCUGGAGGCCAAGAUCCGGCAGGCGGUGGAGUUCAAGGCCGAGGGCGGGCGCUGCUACAAGCAGAAGAAGUUCCGCGAGGCCAUCGGGAAGUACCACCGGGCGCUGCUGCAGCUCAAGGGGCUGGAGGCCGAGGCCGAGGACGGCAGCAGCCCGCUGCGGAGGGCCGGCUGGCAGCAGCGCCUCUCCGAGGAGCAGCGGGCGCUGGUCGAGGGCACCGAAAUCGAGUGCUACAACAGCCUGACGGGUAAGGCUGGGGCGGAUUCUUUUUUGGGGGGUGAGGGGAGCUGUGUGCCAGGCCCAGAGGAAGAAGGUGGGGGGCCCUCGCCUGGCAACGGGACCCCCCCUCCCAGUUUGGAAGGAGAACCCCCGUGUCGUGACGAAGCUGUCCCGCCUUCAGACGUGUCUCUGGUUCCCUCUCAUGCGCCUCCCGUGUCCAGCCGGCAGGGGGAGCCCUUUCCAAUCCUGCUUUCCUACUGCUAGGGGCCAGAAUAUUUGAGGGGGCUGCCCCUUCUAAGUUGACGGGAGCGUGUGAUUAUGCAGGGUGGGGCUUACCUGGGUCCCCACAAUACAGUCAUACCUUGGGUUACAGAUGCGUCAGGUUGUGCAAUUUCGUGUUGCGCACUGCACUGAACCCGGAAGCACCAGAACAGAUUAAUCCCAGGUUUCAGCGCUUGCGCAUGCACAGAAGCACUAAAUCGUGCUUUGCGCAUGCACAGAAGCGCCGAAUCGCAACCCACACGUGCACAUGUUGCGAAUGCUACGGGUUGCGAAUGUGCUUCCAGCAUGGAUCAUGUUCGCAACCCGAGCGUCCACUGUAUUUUAUUCAAGUUGGCACCCCUAAUUGGGGCCAAGACCCAGCCUCUGAUCCCUUCCUAGUCAAAAGCGCCCCCUCUGGGAAACGGGCAAGGACGUCCCUCGUUUAGGGGGGUCCCCUUUGCACCAGAGAAUUUGCAGCUCUUUCGUGGGGGGUCUGUGGAGAUCUGAACCCUGCAGCCUGCAACGCCCAGGGAAAGGCCUGGUGUUGCAGGUACAGGGUUACCAGGGGACUGUUCAGGUUGCCAGGAUAAUACCAAGCAGAGAAGCCUCCAGCCCAAAGGGCCAAAGUCAGAGGCUCAGCCCCUGGGAAGUUGUGCCAGGAGGAAUCAAGUUGGGGGGGGCAGGGGGUGAGGCAGAAAAUGCUGCCUUAAGGCUAGGGUGUCCACCUGCCCUCUGAGAAAAUGUUUAGAAGACCCAAGAGCCGGAGAUGGUGAGGUGGCCAGUGAUGUUGCUGGCCAGAUGGCCACCCCUCCCUUAACAAAAUAUUCAAAAUUUCACAAAGUCCAAGGGAUGUUUCUCCCCAUCCACCCAUUGGUCCAUCUCCCAAGGUCCUCCUCUUCCAAGCAGAGAGGAGGAACAUCGCAGCCAAGGCCAAGGGCUUCAGGGGAAAACCCUCGAGGUCCUACUUCUCUCACCUGUUGCAAAGGUUGAAGAUUCCCUUGGGAAUCCAUCAGGUGUAUGUGUUUAAGACUUUUGUAUAUUGGCGGUGGCCUCCCCUCUAGCAGUGACCCCCUCUCCCUGACCUUUGACCCUCCUUGCCCCUCCCUCACCUUCUCCUUCCUCUUUCUUUGGGUACUUCCUGCUAGGGAUGAAACAAAACCAUGCAAAUCUCAUUCACCAAUAUUUACAAUUUUGACAUAAAUUUUUUGAAUGCUAGCCCGCAGGACUGAAAUCCAUUUAUUCCCCUCGAAAUUCAGAAGUAUUACAUUUGAUGUUGUAUUGUAUUUUUAAUAUUUUGUUGGAAGCCGCCCAGAGUGUCUAGGGAAACCCAGCCAGAUGGGUGGGGUAUUAAUUAUUAUUAUUAUUAUUAUUAUUAUUAUUAUUGUUAUUUCCACCUUUCCUCCAAGGAGCUCAAGUCAGUGUACAAGGCUCUGCCACUCCCCACUCCCCUUUUUAAGUCAAAUAGUCAUACAAAUCCGGACAAUACCAUUUAUUCUGUGAACCGCCCUGAAAUCUUUUGAUGAAGGGUGGUAUAUAAAUUUAAUUUGACAACAACAACAACAUGAAGAAAGGGAAGGGGUGUAAGUGCUUCUCAAUUAUAAUCUCAAAUAUUCACAUCUCUUGGUAUUUGCUACAAUCCUGUGAAGUUUUAAUACUAUACAAAUCCUUAUUUAAAUGUGUAUCUCCCAAAGGAUAAGAAGGGCUAAUAAUACUGCCUAUGGCAGCCAACAGCCGACCCCUAAAUCAGGGAAACCCAAUACUUAAUAUAUUGGAUUGUAUGGUUCAGUUCCCUCUUUCCUUCUCUUCCUGUCUUAGAGACCGGGUGUUACAUACUCAUUAGUUCUCUAAUUAGCUAAUUCCUAAUUAGUUCUUCUUCUUGGUAUCCAGCUUGGCUUCUAUGUCUUAGCAAAGGGAAUUUCUCGCAUGUAGCACAAGACACGGCUUUUGUGUUUGAUAUGCUUUAAUAUUUACAUUGCCUCUUGUGCAAUAAAAGUGAACCAUUUCCUCAGUAGUUGCUAUGACCAUUUCCCAACAGCUUCACCACAUAUGGGGGUGGGGACAACAUUUCUUCAAAAAAUAAAAUAAAAUCAGGGAAGACCCACCCCCAUUCUGCCCUUACAGCAACACUGCGAGAUGAAUUUUGCAUAAUUUCAGUGACUGGCCUGGAGAGCUUAAUGGCUGAGUGAAGAGAUUUGAACCCAGAGCUCUCUGGCCAUGAGCCAGCACUCUAGCCGUUGCACCACAACGACGCUUGCUCUUGUUGGUGACACCUGACUGCUUCUUUUGGUUUGGCGACUUUUAUGAAUCACACAAAAUGUCAACCCCUGAAUAUUAGGUCCCAUCUUGGCCGAUUCUGGGGUUGUGGCACUCAUCUUGCUUUAUUGGCUGAGGGAGCCGGCGUACCGCUUCCGGGUCAUGUGGCCAGCAUGACUAAGCCGCUUCUUGCGAACCAGAGCAGCGCAUGGAAACGCCGUUUACCUUCCCGCUGGAGCGGUGCCUAUUUAUCUACUUGCACUUUGAGGUGCUUUCGAACUGCUAGGUGGGCAGGAGCAGGGACUGAGCAACGGGAGCUCACCCCGUCGCGGGGAUUCGAACCACCGACCUUCUGAUCGGCAAGUCCUAGGCUCUGUGGUUUAACCCACAGCGCCACCCGUGUCCCAUUUGCUUACUACUUGGUAAAAUUGAUCCUGCUCCUCCUGAGGGGGCAUGAAGAGCUAUGAACGAUCCUGGUUUGCUACCACCACAACUCAAAGCGCUCCCCCCCCCGCAGCAUCUGGAAAUCCUGUCCUGGAAAUCCUCUUUUCCAGCUGCUGAGGUCUCACUGCCUGCUCCCCUCCCACAAUCGUGUUUGCUUUUGAGCAGGAGUAGGCAAACUAAGGGACGCAGGUGGCGCUGUGGGUUAAACCACAGAGCCUAGGACUUGCUGAUCAGAAGGCCGGCGGUUCGAAUCCCUGCGAUGGGGUGAGCUCCCGUUGCUCGGUCCCUGCUCCUGCCAACCUAGCAGUUCAAAAGCACGUCAAAGUGCAAGUAGAUAAAUAGGUACCACUCCAGCGGGAAGGUAAACGGCGUUUCCGUGCGCUGUUCUGGUUCGCCAGAAGCGGCUUAGUCAUGCUGGCCACAUGACCCGGAAGCUGUACGCCGGCUCCCUCGGCCAAUAAAGCGAGAUGAGUGCCACAACCCCAGAGUCAUCUGCAACUGGACCUAAUGGACAGGGGUCCCUUUACCUUUACUAGGCAAACUAAGGCCUGGGAGCUGGAUCCGGCCCAAUCGCCUUCUCAGUCCGGCCUGUGGACAGCCCAGGAAUCAGCGUGAUUUUACAUGAGUAGAAUGUGUCCUUUUAUUUAAAAUGCAUCUCUGGGUUAUUUGUGGGGCAUAGGAAUUCAAUCAUACUUUUUUUCAAAAUAUAGCCUGGCCCCCCACAUGGUCUGAGGGACGGUGGAGCAGCCCACGGCUGAAAAAGGUUGCUGACCCCUGCUUUUGAGGAAGAAUAUUGAGAUUCUCAGGAGGGAGGCUGAAUCUGGCCCCUCGUGCUGCGUUAUGUGGGCGUCCCGCCCUCCUGCAGGGUGGCAGAGGGGGCAAAGCAGAGCAGCCACGGCCGGAGUCAAGCAGAAGGGAGGGGGGCAACCUUAAAUGAACCUGCCUGUGUUUUGCCUCGUGAAAAACAGCCAGGAAGAGAAUGAUUUGGAUGGCAGAUGAGGAAAGGAGGAGGGAGGAGGGGCACAUCAAGCCCAACCGGACAGAUCUGCCAGGAACAUUGUAAGCAUCAAAGCUCUGCCAUUGCAAUGGCAACCCUAAAAGAGGACUUUUUAUUUUAUUUUAUUUAUUACUAAUGUUGCAAUACAUAUAUUAAAUCUUUACAUAAUGAUACAUAUACAUUAUACAGUGGUACCUUGGGUUAAGAACUUAAUUCGUGCUGGAGGUCUGUUCUUAACCUGAAACUGUUCUUAACCUGAAGCACCACUUUAGCUAAUGGGGCAUCCCGCUGCCGCAGCGCCGCCAGAGCACAAUUUCUGUUCUCAUCUGAAGCAAAGUACUUAACCUGAGGUAAUAUUUCUGGGUUAGCUGAGUGUGUAACCUGAAGCGUAUGUAACCCGAGGUACCACUGUAUUCGUAAAUUCACAUUUUCAUGUUUCAUUAUGUACCAACAUUUAUCCAUUUCUUAUUUCUUGCCCCGUGUCUUCCCUCCACCCAUGCGUGACUUCCUUGUUAUUAUUUUAUAACUUUAUUAUUGAGAUUGUAUAUUUUUGUAUCUUAAUUAUUAAACAUUCAGUCUUAUAUAUCAGCUUAGCUUAACUUAACUUUGUGGAAUCAGUCUAUGCAUAAUCAAUAAAUUCUUCUUGGAGCAUGUUUUGGUCAUGUAUUCUUCUACACAUUUCCAUUCCUGUUUGAGAUUUUGAUUAGAUAUUAGAUUGCGUUCUAACUGUUGCUGUCAUUUUUGCUAAUUCAAUCAUUUCAAAAAAUUUAUAUUGCCCAUCUUUCAAUGUGGGUACUUCUUCUGAUUUCCAGGACUUUUUUUUUUAGCACCAUUGAGGGGUGGGGGGACGAGUAUCCCUUUGAGGGGGGGUCCUGGCCCAAUCUCCUUCAGCACCUGCCUUGUGGCACAGCUGCCUUUCAACUCAAGAGACCCAACCAAGGUGGGCAGGAGGAUGUCACCCCUGCGCGUGCCCCUCCCUGGUGACAACGAUGCAGCUUGUUUUUUUGUUUUUUUUAAGAGACCCCUGACCGUUAGGUCCAGUCGUGGCUGACUCUGGGGUUGCGGCGCUCAUCUCGCUUUACUGGCCUAGGGAGCCGGUGUACAGCUUCUGGGUCAUGUGGCCAGCAUGACUAAGCCGCUUCUGGCGAACCAGAGCAGCACACGGAAUCGCCGUUUACCUUCCCGCCGGAGCGGUACCUAUUUAUCUACUUGCACUUUGACGUGCUUUCGAACUGCUAGGUUGGCAGGAGCAGGGACCGAGCAACGGGAGCUCACCCCGUCGCGGGGAUUCGAACCACCGACCUUCUGUUUUUUUUAAAUAAAAUAUUUAUUGAAAUUUUACGAUAAACAUAGAUUUAAAGAAUUAAAAAAAAAAUUAAACCAGAAAUUACACAGAGAGAAAAAAAACCAAAGCUAACAAGAAAAAUACCAAAAAAGAGACCUAAAAAGGAGAAAAAAAAAGAAAAAAAAGGAUGAUACAAAAUACAAAAAACAGAUAGCUAAAAAAAUAGAGGAAAAAAAAUUUUUUAAAGAAGAAAAAGUCCAUUUUUCAAUGUCUUUAGGCUCAUUUACUUAUUUCCUUGACCUCCUCACACCUCCCCUUUUUGUAUUCCCGUUUACAAAAUCCUUUCAGCAAAUCCUUACCCUCUUUCAUUUAUCUUUACUCUGUAUCUUAACCUAUUAUAACUAUAUAUUUUCAUCCAUAUAACUAUCAAUAUUUACAUAUUCUUAUUAACCUUAUUACCAAAACCACUUAUUUUCAGUCCAACAUCAUUUUAACAUUCAUUAAUUUUACAGUAUUUCUGCAAAUAGUCUUUAAACUUCUUCCAAUCUUCUUCCACCGACUCUUCUCCCUGGUCUCGGAUUCUGCCAGUCAUUUCCGCCAAUUCCAUAUAGUCCAUCACCUUCAUCUGCCAUUCUUCCCGGGUGGGUAAAUCUUGUGUCUUCCAAUACUUUGCAAUAAGUAUUCUUGCUGCUGUUGUAGCAUACAUAAAAAAAGUUCUAUCCUUCUUCGGCACCAAUUGGCCGACUAUACCCAAGAGGAAGGCCUCUGGUUUCUUCAGGAAGGUAAAUUUAAAUAUCUUUUUCAUUUCAUUAUAGAUCAUCUCCCAGAACGCCUUGAUCUUUGGGCACGUCCACCAAAGGUGAAAGAAUGUACCUUCAGUUUCUUUACAUUUCCAACAUUUAUUAUCGGGCAAAUGAUAGAUUUUUUGCAAGCUUGACUGGUGUCAUGUACCACCUAUAAAUCAUUUUAAUAAUAUUCUCUUUUAGGGCAUUACAUGCCGUAAAUUUUAUACCUGUGGUCCACAACUGUUCCCAGUCAGCAAACAUGAUGUUAUGUCCAACGUCCUGUGCCCAUUUAAUCAUAGCAGAUUUAACCGUCUCGUCCUGAGUGUUCCAUUUUAACAGCAAGUUAUACAUUCUUGAAAGUAUCUUUGUUUUAGGAUCUAACAGUUCUGCUGCCAACUUUGAUUUUUCCACCUGGAAGCCAAUUUUUUUGUCUAAAUUAUAAGCCUCUCUUAUUUGAUAAUAGUGAAGCCAGUCUCGCACUUUAUCUUUUAGUUUCUCAAAACUCUGCACGAACCGCCGACCUUCUGAUCGGCAAGUCCUAGGCUCUGUGGUUUAACCCACAGCGCCACCCGCGUCCCAACGAUGCAGCUUGCUGAAAGGCCAGCUGCGUGGGGGCUGCAUCCUGGCAUUCUGUCCUGUCCCGUGCUAGGCCUUGUUCUUUUCCCAUGGAAGUGCGGUUUAUAAAUACCGUAUUUAAUAUAUAUAUUUUUUUAAUUUAAAAAAAUCAAUAUCGUCGAUAGUGGUUGCAUUAAAGGCCACGUAGGGCUAUCGCGCAAAGGCCAGGGGGAGCAGCAGGCAGGUUUGCAGGAUCAGGAUGGGCAAGGAUUCAGAAGGAGCCACCUGGGAAAAGGCUGGAGGGAGUGUAUGGUCUCCCUGGCUCCCUCAUUAACUAUCUCUCCUGUGGGAUAUUUAAAGUGUAGUCAAGCCAAGAAUUCAUGUUUGCUAGACAGGCACAGGAUAGCAGCUGAAGCGCAUAGAGAUUUCCUGUAAACUUGCAAGAGAGAACUCUGCGAGAGACACCCCCACUGUGCAUAGAUAGAGGGGCAGGGGGCCUAGCUGUUUAUGCUCCUACCUGCCUUGGUGUGCUAUCUUUCUAUCUUUUCCCCUACUCUGCCAGCAAUGUGAGAACAUCUGCUAUGUCUCAACUAGGGCCAGGGCCUUUUCAGUACUGGCCCCGACUUGGUGGAAUGCUCUGUCACAAGAGACCAGGGCCCUGCAGGACUUGACAUCUUUCCACAGGGCCUGCAAGACAGAGCUGUUCCGCCUGGCCUUUGGUUUGGACUCAGUCUGACCCUUCUGUUUCCCUCCCCUUACAGUUUUGAUUUAUGGGCUGCUUUUAAAAUGAGGCUGCAUUUUAAAUUGCAUUUUAACCUGUAUUUUAAAUUGGUGGUUCCCCCCCACCCAUUAUGUUAUUAUUGUAAUUUUACUGGUAUUAGCUGUCCUGAGCGGGGAGGGCGGGGUAUAAAUAAAAUUUAUUAUUACUGUUAUUAUUAUUAGUCUCAGCUCCUGCUCAGACUGCAUUCUAAGCUAGACUAAAGUACAGUGGUACCUCAGUUUAAGAACAGUCCAGUUUGAGAACAAUUCGGUUUACAAACUCCGCAAAACUGGAAGUUGUGUCUUGGUUUGAGAACUUUACCUCGGUCUAAGAACGGAAUCUGAAUGGUGGAAUGGCACCGGACCGGCGGUGGGAGGCCUCAUUAUGGAAAGCACGCCUCAGUUUAAGAACGGUUUCGUUUUAAGAACGGACUUCCGGAACGGAUUAAGUUCGUAAACCGAGGUACCACUGUAUGUCUUUGUAAUCAAAUUACUCUGUUCAGCCUGCCUGAAAAAAGCUGCUGCAUCUGUUACUCUUCAGCAAGUAUUAUGAGAGAGCAAAUGCUAUUUUUUACCUUUUCUGCAAGGCUGUCUGUGUGAUUGUUAUUUUAAAGGGGAGGAAAUACCAGGAGAAUCCAGUCUGCCUUAAAGCAUCCUGGAUUCCUUAAACUAAAAGGCUAAAACUGGCCAAUCUAAGCUUCCCUUUUAAGAUGCAAAUGGAUGACACUCUGCUGAACUCACAAACACGAGGAAGGAAGGAUAAUCUAUAAUAAUAAUAAUAAUAAUAAUAAUAAUAAUAAUAAUAAUAAUUUAAUUAUACCCUGCCCAUCUGGCUGGGUUUCCCCAGCCACUCUAGUCGGCUCCCAACAGAAUUAAAAGCACAAUAAACCACCAAAUGUUAAAAACUUCCCUAAACAGGGCUGCCUUCAGAUGUCUUCUGAAGUCGGAUAGUUGUUUAUUUCCUUGACACCUGAUGGGAGGGCGUUCCACAGGGCGGGCGCCACCACCGAGAAGGCCCUCUGCCUGGUUCCCUGUAGCUUUGCUUCUCGCAGUGAGGGAACCGCCAGAAGGCCCUCUCCUAGCAUCUAUUCCAGGGGUCAGCAACCUUUUUCAGCUGUGGGCCAGUCCACUGUCCCUCAGACCAUGUGGUGGGCCGGAAUAUUUUUUUUGGGGGGGGGGGAAAUGAAUGAAUUCCUAUGCUCCGCAAAUAACCCAGAGAUGCAUUUUAAAUAAAAGGACACAUUCUACUCAUGUAAAAACACGCUAACUCCUGGACCGUCCGCUGGCCGGAUUGAGAAGGUGAUUGGGCUGCAUCCAGUCCCCAGGCCUUAGUUUGCCUAGGUAAAGGUAAAGGGACCCCUGCCCAUUAGGUCAAGUCGCGGAUGACUCUGGGGUUGCGGUGCUCCUCUCGCUUUACUGGCCAAGGGAGCCGGCGUACAGCUUCUGGGUCAUGUGGCCAGCAUGACUAAGCCGCUUCUGGCGAACCAGAGCAGUGCACGGAAAUGCCGUUUACCUUCCCGCCGGAGCGGUACCUAUUUAUCUACUUGCACAGGUGUGCUUUCGAACUGCUAGGUUUGCAGGAGCAGGGACUGAGCAAUGGGAGCUCACUCUGUCGCGGGGAUUCGAACCGCUGACCUUCUAGUUUGCCUACCCCUGAUCUAUUCACACCCCAACAUCUCUCUCUCUCUCUCUCUCUCUCUCUCUCUCUCUCUCUCUCCAGCCUGCCUGUUGCAAUCGGAGCUGGUGAACUAUGAGAGGGUGAGGGACUAUUGCCUCAAGGUUCUUGCCAAGGAGAAGAGGAACUUCAAAGCCAUGUACCGGGCGGGCAUCGCCUUCUACCAUCUGGGCGACUACGACAACGCCCUGCUCUAUUUGAAAGAGGCCAAGAGCCUGGAGCCCGCAGGUGGGUGCUUUGCUUGGCCCGUGGCAGGAGGGAGAGGUGGGCAAGGGGGUGGGAGUGGAAGGGGCAGUUGGCAAGGCCUGAAACGGAGCACAGCUCAGAGGCAGGGCACCUCUUCUGGGGGCAGGAGUCUGGGGCUCAACCCCUGGCAGCUCCUCCACUUUAAGAACAUAAGACAAGGCUGCUGGAUCAGGCCAGUCGAGGCCAGCAUCCUGCUCUCACAGUAGCCAAUCAGAUGCCACAAAGGGAACCCCCCCCCCAGCAGGAUUUGAACACAAGAGCAACUCUCCCCUCCUGUGUUUUCCAGCAUUGCUGUGUGAUAGGAAUUUUGAGGUCUUAGAUAUAUGGCAAUGUUCAUAACCGCACGUACAUAGAUCAGCACAGGAAGACCGACCUGAAGCCAUUUUGAUUCCUAAACUGAGCAAAUGUUUUCUCUGCAAGGUCAAAGUGGGAAACCUCCCCAUUGUCUCUUUCCUCACAAAUCCCGUCUUAAGGGCACAUUUAAGAUAUGAAUAGGGUGUGAGCCUGUGACCUGGCCCAGGAACUAAGUAUUUAUCAUUACAAGAGACGGGCCAGGCUCCCCAGGAAAUCCAAUCAAGUACGGUAACCUGCCAGACAGGAGAUAAACAACAUUUAAAUUUCUGUUUUAAGACCGCCUUUUUUGUGAUGUAGGUAUGAUGUAUCUGAGGGGUAGUCUUGGGUUACACCCCUUCUGUGAUGUAUGUAUGAUGUUUCUGUUGAUUUAAACAGAGUCUGUCGUGCCCAGCGGAAGGAUGAGUAAUACGUGCUACAUACUCUAUAUUGCUUUAUUUACAGUUCAAAGCUGGUAUAUUACAGAAAGACAUCUUGCCUCUGCAGGAGCAGAAAAUGCAUCCUCUCUCCUCUCUCAGCUCGGAGAGAAUCACACAGUGAAAAACAGGAAACCAGUGUACGUCACAUCCAGUUUCCCUUUCCCGUGAGAAACUCCAACAGUACAGACUGUGGAAUGUAAACACCUGUCUCAUGACAGCAGUUGCUGCACAGUGAAGGAAAGCAGAAACCAACAUCCUCCCCCUUUCUGUGAACAUCACUGGGCAGCGUGUUUGCACAAUAUCAGUACAAACCCAACUUCUGCACAUAGGUACAGUGUUGAUCCCUUGAUACAAUCUUGGACAAUACAUCAGCAGGAAUUUGAUUACCUGGCAUAUAGGACACCGUUACGAGUCCCUUCUGAAUACAUUCCCUAGCAUGCUGCAACUUUAAUUGCAAGUGCUUUGUGCUUUGCUUACAACCUUCAGACUUCAGCAAAGCCAAACAUGCUUUGUUGUCCUGGUAAACCUGGAUUGGACAUUUGACAGGAAUUUUCAUAUCUUUGCACAAUUGUACUAACCAUUCACAAUCCUUAAGUGAAUAAGACAGUGCAUUCAGUUCAGCUUCACAAGUACUUAAGCUAACUGUUGUUUGCUUCUUGCAUGACCAAUCAAACAGACUCUGAUUGUAUAUGUAGCAAACUCCAGACGUACUUUUCCUGUCUGUAGUGUCACUUCCAAAACUUGCAUCUGCAAAUAUCUCAAGACCACCAGACUUCUGAUUGUUAAAUCUCAGUCUGUAAUGCAUAGUGCCUUUCAAAUACCGCGCUAUGCGUUUCAGAGCUUUCCAAUCCUUGACACUAGGAUUGUUGACCUGUCUGCUUAGCAAAUUACAGCUAACAGCAAUGUCUGGUCUUGAACAUCUGGCAAUGAAGUUUAGCUUGCCUAGCACACUCCUGUACAGUGUAGUGUCAGAAAAUGCUUCUUCAGUGUCAUCUACCUGAUAACCUGUUGUCAUCGGUGUGUCUACAGGGUUAGCAUCCAUCAGAUUUAGUUUGCUUAACACAUCAGCAAUUUUCCGUGACUGGUGUACUAGAAUGUUACCAUCUUGAUCUCUCUCUAUUUCCAGAGAUAGGUAGUUGUUUACCUCACCAAGAUCUUUCAUGUCAAAGUGCUCUUUCAGUUGAGCUAGGGCGCUAUUGUACAUCGCAACAUCUUUCCAAAAGAAUAAUAAAUCAUCAACAUAAAACAAACAGUACAGUUUCUUUUGCCCCUCCUCUUUGACAAAUACACAUGGAUCAGCUUUCCCUUGCUGAAAACCUAGAGAAAACAAUACUUCAGUGAGUUUUGUGUGCCAACACCGUGCACUUUGUUUGAGACCAUAAAGGGAUUUCUUCAGAGCACAAACAAAUCCCUGUUUUACCUGUACGCCAUCAGGUGGAAGCAUAUAAAGUGAUUCAUCUAGAGAUCCGUACAGAAAAGCUGUAUUAAUAUCAUGGUGACUAAUGUGUAGAUUUUCCUCUGCAGCUAGCUUGAGCAUAAGCCUAAUGCUUUCAUAUCUCACUGUGGGUGAAUAGGUCUCGUGAUAGUCUUCACCUGGUACCUGUGCAAAACCUCUGGCUACCAAUCUGGCUUUGUGUCUGACUAUCUUGCCAUUUUGAUCUGUCUUCGCUUUGAAGACCCAUUUGCUUCCAAGCAGUUUCAUUCCUGGAACUACUGGAACUAGCUCCCAUGUUUUGUUCCUUUCUAAGGAAUCAAGCUCAGCCUUCAUGGCAUUUAACCAUGGCUCAGCUUCCUUUGAAUCCAAACCCUGGAUUUCUUGGAAACUUGAAGGUUCAAAUACCUUCUUGGAGCUUUUAACAGCUGUUACUGCUAUCGUAGCAAACUCAUCAGCAAAUCUCUUUGGAGGUUUGCCUUUUGUGGCUCUCUGUGACCUACGAAUUAGCCUUAAGUCUUCAACACUCUCCUCUUCCUUCUUAGGAGAAAAACGACCUAUUGUGAACAAUGGUUCCUCCAAUUCUUGAUCAGAGCUUUCAGAGGGUCGCAUAGAGGCUUUCGCACUCUUGAAAUCCUCUGAAUCACCCGAUUCAGUUUCAGAUUCAGACUCAGAACCUUCAUCAGUGGGUGUGGGCUGUUGUGGUUGCUUUUGACUAUCCUCAGUCUCAUCACCGUCAUCAGGAUAACAUUGGAAAAUUCCCACAUUCUCCCCCACUUUGCAUUGUACUCAACACUUCUCGUGAGCUUAAUUGUCUUAGAGUCAGUCAUCAUUAUUCUGUAAGACCCUUUCUGAUAACCUAGAAAGAUACCAUGCAAUCCACGCUUGUCUAACUUGGAGUUUUGUGGUGAGUGAACCCACAUGUCAGAACCAAAAUCUUCAUGUGUUUGAUGUAUGGCUUCUUGCCAAACAUCUUCUCAUAGAGGUACAUCCAAUCGCUGAAGAUAACCUGCGAUUGUAACUGUAAACAAAACACGAGAGAGAUUCGGCCCAAUAACUCUCUGGAAGAUUGGCAUCAUGCAGCAAGGUUUUUAAUCCUUGAAGCAAUGUCUGAUUUGCCCGUUCCGCAAGUCCAUUCUGCCAUGGCGAGCGAGGACUAGACAAAUCGUGUUGAAUUCCUUUCUCAGUCAGAAAAGCUUCAAACUGCUGAGAAGUGAAUUCCCCCCCGCGAUCACUGAAAAGAGUCUUUAUCUUCUUACCAUGCACAUUUUCCAACCAAGCACAGAAUUCCUUGAACCUAGGAAAAGCCUCCGAUUUCUGCUUGAGAUUGUACACAAAAAUAUAUCUAGAAAAUGCAUCAAUGAGAACCAUGAAGUAUCUAUUUCCACCCAAAGAGGGCGAUAGUGGUCCAACCAAAUCAGCAUGAACAACCUGGUAUGGUUCUGUAGCUUUCCUACUAGACACCUUACCUUUCGCAGCCAUUUUCACUUUGUUUGCUGCGCAUGCUUUGCACUUCAUGUGGUACCUGCAGGGUUUAAUAGUCAUACCUUCAACCAAGGCAGGCAUUUUAGAUACUGCCUCAAAAUGCAAAUGACCAAAUUUGCGAUGAAAAUCGUGAAUACAUUCUGCAUGCAAACUUUUGUUAGAACCUGCAAUGCAACAAGUGUCAUCCUGCACCACAUCAUCAUAAUACAAAACAAACAAAUGAUCAACAUAUUCUGCAUGCAAUACAUAAUCAUUUUUCUUUGUGAUGAUGCACUUCUUGUUCUUGAAGGAAACGUCAAUGUUCCGCUCAUUCAGCUGUCCAACGCUGAGCAGAUUAUGUUUGGCGUCUGGCACGUAAAGCACAUUCUGUAUCGAUAAGUCCAAACUGUGAAGAACAACAGUUCCGUAGCCUUUACUGGGAAUAGUGUGGUCAUCCGCCUGGUGAAUCGCACCUUCCUGCGGUGUAAAAGACACAAACAGUUUCUUAUCGUUGCACAUGUGGUGGGUGGCCGCUGAAUCAACAACGAAGAAAGAUCUAGACGUCUUCUGGACCUCUGCAACCUUUGGAGUGAAGCGUGAAACCAUAGCCUUGUGCUGCGUUGUCCUAGACACCGGACCUUUGCCUUUGCCUCGGCCUUUUCCGCGCGAUGAGCUUUCGCUGCGCUGCUCUGUCUUGGCCCUGGGAUGUCUGCAUUCCCUCUUCAUAUGGCCUAGACGUCCACACGAGUAGCAUUUCACUGCCUUCAAAGCUAUGGCGCCAUCUGGUGGUUCCACUGCACUAUGGGAUGACGUCUGUGAAGACUCCCCUUGCCCAUGCAGCUAGCACCCGGCGAUCUGCUUCAUUUAAAAUCACGGCAGUAACAAAGUCCACUGUCAGCUGAGCAGUUGGUUGCACAGCAAUCUGGGUUGCAACAGACUCCCAACCUGAACCCAAAGAUUGUAGUAUCAUGAAAGAAUACACAGCCUCUGGAAAGUUGAGUCCUCUCUGUUGCAGCUCAUGUCUCAGAUUUUGCAUCUGCAUCAGAUGUAAACGCACAUCUCCACCUUCAGCAAGAGCCAUAUUAUGCAGCUUGUUAAAGUAAAACAUAGUGGAUCCAGCUUCUGUCCUUAAGUGAGCCUCUCUCAGAGCGUCCCAAAUUUCUCUGGCUGAGGUCUUAUCACGCAAUAGACAGAGCUCUUCUGGGGAUACUAUCAAUGUAAGAGUUCCCCUUGCUUUGGAAUCCUUAGCUUCCCAUGCAUCUGUAACUGGAACUGGGGGGGUUUCUGUAAUCACCUCAAACAAACCCUCUUUCUGCAGAAUUGCCUCUGCAUACUGAACCCAGUCGCUGUAAUUUUUCUUGUUGAGCUUAGGAAUCCCACAAGCAUCCUGAAGGGCCAUCAUGACUCUGGCAUUAGCCUUCAGCGUCAUAUGCUGCUUUAAAUCUUGCUGCGUCACUGCUGCAGCUGCCUCAUUACAAAGGCACACUUAAAAGUUACUUUCGAUUUCCCCAGCAUAGUGACUUGUGCCUGGGAGCCUUUGCCUUUUCCCGGCAAAACCGGCUUUAAAAGUUCAAAGUCCAGCCAUAAAGCCAUUAACUUGAAGCUGGCAGGCUGCCCGGAGCAGUAGCACAUACCUCAUCAAUCACUUCUACGCGCAGAGCAGAUUCCUUUCCGAUCCGUCCCUCUGCAUUCCGAUCCUUUGCCGGCACUCCGAUUCGACCUCUGGAGUCCAUAACCACGUGUUGAUUUAAACAGAGUCUGUCGUGCCCAGCGGAAGGAUGAGUAAUACGUGCUACAUACUCUAUAUUGCUUUAUUUACAGUUCAAAGCUGGUAUAUUACAGAAAGACAUCUUGCCUCUGCAGGAGCAGAAAAUGCAUCCUCUCUCCUCUCUCAGCUCGGAGAGAAUCACACAGUGAAAAACAGGAAACCAGUGUACGUCACAUCCAGUUUCCCUUUCCCGUGAGAAACUCCAACAGUACAGACUGUGGAAUGUAAACACCUGUCUCAUGACAGCAGUUGCUGCACAGUGAAGGAAAGCAGAAACCAACAGUUUCUGGGGGUGGUCUUGAUCUACAGGGUGGCAAUUUCAAAAGUCUUUAUAAGGCCUUGCAUGCCAUUUUUCUGGGUCCUCCUCCUUUCCUGUGUGUGAAGGGAGCACCCUGUUGCAACAGAUCAAUAAAGAUCAGGCUUACGAGCUGCUUUGCUUCUCAAUAUUCUCUGGUUGGCCUCUGUUAUUCUCUCCUACCAAUAGGGAACCUAUGUAAGGACUCUAUAUGGGCUCUUGGAUACCCCAUAAGGGAAAAGGGCAAUUUUUUGUUUACAACAGCUGCCUCUGACAGUGGAGGCAGAGAACAAUCAUCCUGGCGAGUAGCCAUCCAAAGCCCUCUCCUCCUACAUGAAUUAGUCUAAUCUUAUUUUAAAGCCACCUCUGCCUCCUGUGGCAGAGAGUUCCAUAGGUAAAAAGAGGGCUUUCUUUUACCUGCCCAGGCUCUUCCAAUAUUCAGCUUCCCCACGACUUCUAGCAUUUCUCUGCCUAAUUUGAUAAACUCCUUAUCACGUUGUCUCUCACCUGCCUUUCCUCUGAGCUAAGAAGCCCCAAACACUCCAAGCUUUCUUCAUAGGAAGGUGGGUGCCUUGUGUAAUAAACAAAAACCUGCCCUUAUUCCCUUAUAGCCCUUAUAGAGUCCUUUGUAGGUUCUCCAUCGGUCAGAGAAAAGAACAGAGGCCAACCAGAGAAUAUUGAGAAGCAAAGCAGCUGGUAAGCCUGAUCUUUAUUGAACUAUUGCAACAGGGUGCCCCCUUCACACACAGGAGGAGGGGGACCCAGAACCCAGGUGUGUCCACCCUUAUAUAGACAUUUUAAAUUGCCCACCUUGGAGUCAAAGACCACCCCCAGAAACAUCAUACCUACAUCACAGAAGAGGCGGUCUAUAACAGAAAUCUGAGUGUGUUUUUUAUCUCCUGUCUGGCAGGUUACCUGUUAAUGCUCACUUGAUUGGAUACCCUGGGGAGCCUGGCGAGUCUUUCGUAAUGACAAAUACUUAGUUCCUGAGCCAGCUCACAAGCUCACCCUAUUCAUACACAGACAUACCCUUAAGACAGGAUUUGUGAAGGAAAAGACAAUGGGGAGGCUUUUCCAUUUUCCUUCAACCUUGCAGAGAAAUAUUUGAGGUCAAUUUGGGAGGGACAAAAUGGUUUCAGGACUUUUUCUGUGGGGUUUCAGACAUGUGGUUUAUAUAUGCAGUUAUGAAUAUUUAUUUUAUAUAUAUAUAAGACCUUAACUUUUUUUAUUUCACUUGCUUGUGCCUUGCUGGGAGGGAGAGGCAGGGGGCCUGCUUGGCUGUGGAAAGGGAAGGUGGCAAGGCCUGAAAUCACAGCUCGGUGGCACAGCGCACCUUUGGGGUGCAGAUGUUUUGGGUUCAACCCCCUGGCUGCACAUAAAGCUUAAAAGGACCAUGACUAGGAGGGCUGGCUGGGAAGGACCCCUCCCUGAAUGGGGCCUGGCUGAACCAGCUGGGGAGGGUUGGCCCUGGGCAGGAGGACUUGUCUUAGGUUUCCAGGAUGUGGUCAGGGAAGGGAGAGCUGCGGUGGCUCCUCCUCUUCUUCCUCCUCCUCUUCUUCCUCCUCCUCCUCCUCUCAGGCUCUGCCUCUCCCUUUCCUUGCAGACACCAACGUCUUACGCUACAUCCAGCUGACAGAGAUUAAGAUCAGCCGCUGCAGCCAGCGGGAGAAGGAGAUGAUUGCAUAG